AUGACUGCUGAUGUAAUUUGCUCCAGGAAGGCAAGAAGAGCCGCUAAAGGCCGCCGGCUGUGCGGUGCCCGCUGCCCGGGCCGGGCCGGGCGCGGUGCCAGCCCCGCUCUGGCCGUGGCGCUGCCCCCGGUGCGGCCCCCGCGCCGCCCCCGCCCAGCCCGGCCCGGCCGCUCCGGGCCCGCCCUGCGGCGCGCGCCGGCGGCGGGGCGGCAGCGCCCCCUGCUGCGCUGCGGCAGCGCCGCACGGACCCGGCCCGGCCCCGCCCGGGGUCCCCCGCGGACCCGGCCCCACGCCCCGAGUGCCCCCGCGGACCCGGCGCCACGCCCCGAGUGCCCCCGCGGACCCGGCGCCACGCCCCGAGUGCCCCCGCGGACCCGGCCCCACACCCCGAGUGCCCCCGCGGACCCAGCCCCACACCCCGAGUGUCCCCACGGACCCGGUCCCCCGCCCGGGGUCCCACCGCGCAGGGCACCGUGUUGGAAACACGGCACAGCCACAGCGUGCCCUUCCCUGGCUCAGCGCCCGGUGCCAACAGAACACCUUGCAGGAUCCUCAGCAGCGCAGACAACACUCCAAGAUGCCGGCCUCGGCUUGGAACGGAGCGGUGUCAUGGCGGAGACGACGGCCUUUGUCUCGCAGGGUGUGAAAGCAUCCGUUGUGCUGGCUCCACUGCGGCAGAAUGACGUCUAA